AUGCCAAUCUUCAGACUGUCCCCAAUAAAUCAAUAUGCACCACUAGACUCAUCCGAGGAGAGUGCCUCGUCGACAAAAUAUAACCUGCCAGCCAAUGAUGGCGAUGAGUCCAGUGCGGCAUUAUUUGCCGAAGACAAUAAUAAUCUGAGCGUUUCCAGUGUAUCAACAACGCUUGCAAGAGAUUUGGAUACCAUCGAAACCACCAAACUUGGGAUUUAUUCGAUCGUUGUCGUGAGUGCCUCUGCAGUUGGAGGGGUUUUAUUUGGGUUCGACACCGCAAUCAUUUCUAGUUGUCUUUUAUUCAUAAAAGAUGAUUUGGGACACUCGUUGAGCUCUUUUGAAAAAGAGAUCGUGACGUCCAUCACUUCCAUGACCGCCCUCCUCGGAUCAAUAAUUGCUGGGUACUUGUCCGACAAAUUAGGUAGGAGAAACGUGUUGGCAAUAUGUUGCGGGGUGUUCAUCGCCUCGGCAAUUGUUAUGGGGUUUGCAAGAUCGGUAAUUGAAUUAGCAUUAGGCCGUGCCAUUGUCGGGUUGGCAGUGGGUGGUGCCAGCAUGGUAGUGCCGGUGUUUAUUUCUGAAGUUAGUCCUGCAAGUAUUAGAGGCAUGUUGUUAACGUUGAACUCCAUUUCCACUACGGGAGGUCAGGUCAUCGCUUACGUGUUGGCGAAUUUCCUUAAAGAAUCCAAAAAUAAUUGGCGGAUUUCUUUCUUGGUGAGCGGUGUACCGCCAUUUUUAUUCCUAAUGGUGGCAAGAUUCAUGCCUGAGUCUCCGAGAUUUAGUAUCAUCAAGGGACGAAUCGACGAUGCAGAAGUCGCCCUUAGCAAAAUCUUCCCUUAUGCCACCCCAUCUCAAGUACAGGAUAAAGUCAUGUUGAUUCAAGCAGAUGUCAAUAAUUCUAAGAGAUUAUACAAUAAACCGUUUUGGGAAGUUAUUCGCGGUAAGAAGAGUACCCAGAAUGCUUUGAUAAUUGGCUCGAUAUUGAUGGCGAUCCAACAAGCGGUGGGGUUCAAUAAUUUAAUGUACUACUCGGCGAUCAUUUUCGAAGAUUUGGGGUUUGAAGAUCCGAUAUUUGCCUCGAUCUCCAUUGCCCUGACGAAUUUCAUUUUCACAUUCGUGCCGUUCUUUCUCUUGGAUAGAAUCGGUAGACGGAAAACUUUGUUAAGAACCACAUGGGUUCUAGGGGUUGCCAUGCUCGUGGUGUCGAUAUUAUAUCUAUAUAAAUCACAUAUCAACACUGACUCUUCUAUACUAAACAUUUCCAUCCUCAUUACAAUGAUUGUUUAUGUUGCUGGCUAUGCCUCAGGUUUGGGCACGGUUCCGUGGCUAUCGGUAGAACUUCUACCUUUGGAAGCCAGGGCAAUUGGGGGCACGGUGAUCACUUGUUGUAAUUGGUCGACCAACUUCUUUAUUUCCUUGUCUUUUUUAAGUCUUAUGGAUACUCUUUCUCCGGGCCUCACGUUUGGGUUUUUUGGGGUAAUUUGUGUGCUUAGUUGGGUGUGGAUUUUCAAAAUGUAUCCUGAUGUCACUGGUAUACCAUUGGAACAAGUUAGCAAGAUCUUUGAAAACGGUGUAGAUAUGUAUUUGGCCGAUGAGUUGAGAAGGAAAAACAAGGCAAGUUAUCUGCUCACUUGA